AAGGACUGAAGUCCUUAUUAACAACAUUUCGUGAAAUAUAUUUCGGUAAAAAAACAACAUAAUGGAUGUGUUAAAACUCGACGAUAAUUAUUUGAACUUCAAUAUACAAACUUUGAUGGUUUUGGGAGUGUGGAACCCCUUCAAAAGAGAAAGUCGAUACGACCUGUUGUACAAGUACUAUGGGAUUGGACUGUUCUGCUUGGCCGGACUGCCACAAAUGACAGCAUCAGUGAUGCACGCGUGGAGUAAUAAAAACGACAUGGUCGCGCUCACACAAAAUUUCACUAUCGUAGCCGGUAUGGCCUCGACGCUGAUUAAAGUUGUGAAUCUGUGGCAGCGACAAACCGACGUCAAGAAACUUGUCGACCUGCUCAAUUACGAAAGACGGCAGCCUUGCUAUCGAAAGUUUGCAAUUUAUCGCGAGAAAAUAGUUACUGGAACCAUACGAAUCUGCAAGUUGUUCAGCCUUACAUUCAUCGUCAUGGUCUUCUGGUACGCGGUUUUUUUAUAUGGAAGGAUUCUCGUUUAUCACAAGGGAAACGUCGAUAUGUUACCGUUGAGCCCCAUCGUGAGAUGCCCACCGAACAAGACUUCCCUCUAUUGGUUAUUAUUCAUCUACGAUGCAACGAGCUUCUGUUACAUCGCUGGAGCUGUCGCAUCCCAAGAUUCACUUUUUAUGGUUUUCCUUAUACACCUCGCAACUCAAUUGGAUCUCGUAGAGCAAAGAUUGAUAUUUUGCCACGAUAAAUUGGGCCCAGAAUACGAGGCAGCACAUAUCGAGAAGGUGAUCGAUAGGCAAGAUUUCAAGAUCGAAUGUGUCUGUCGAUCAAAUGUUGAACAAGUCUCGAUAGACCCCGUGACGGAAUUACAAAUCUGUAUAGAACACCAUCAGCAAAUAAUCAGAUGCGUUAACCUCGUCCAAAGCAUAUUUAAUCACACUUUGCUGUUACAAUUCGCCACGAGUCUUGUCAUGAUAACGAUGACAGGUUUCCAAUUAGUAGCAGGUCGUCGAUUGAGCAGCAACGAAUUCAUCGAACAAGUUACUUUAUUCCUCUGCGCAUUGUUUCAACUUUUCAUUUAUUGCUGGUUCGGUACUGAUAUUAUUGCAAAGAAACGUUUCCAGAGUCAGAGCCUCAACACGUCGGCUUACAACUCGAAAUGGUACAUCGCGGACGAACGUUUCAAAAAGACGUUGAAAAUCCUCAUGUGCAAAGGACAAGUACCAAUAAAAAUUCGAGUUGGUUACGUUUUUGAAUUGUCCUCGACGACGUUUAUGAAUGCAAGUGAACUUAUGUUUGAUAAAAAAAAAAGGAAAGAAUUGGUGCAAAUUCAAAACAAGUGAAAUUUGAAUUAAUUUCUUCGAGAGUGUGGUUUUUCUAAUGGUUUUCUUCUUACAUUUGCAGAUCGUCAGCAAAUGUUACUCGGCCAUGGCCCUUUUGCAACGAGCUGACGAAUAAGCAAU